CCCGUUUUGUCUGUCUUACAGCUCAUUAAACUAUCUGGUAUAUUGAUCCAGUGUUCAAGUUGUGCAUCGUUUUUGGGUUCUUCUGACAGUUCGGACCAUAAUACAUUUCAUGUAUUCCACGUUAACACAAGGAGACCUGUUAGGAGAGGGAGCUCGGCCCUACUCUGUGUUAGAUUCAAUUUCACUGUUAACCAGAUAACUGGUUCCAGUAAUGUGAGGAAGGUUUGAGGUCAUAUGAUGGGUGGUAAGAUGUCACAGGUUAGCAGCUCUAAGUUCAGGACAGUGGAGCUAGAUGCUAAUGUAAUGCAUGUAUCAAAGAAACUAGAAAAAUAUGCUAAUUCACAAAUGUAGGCCUCAUUAAAGAAUCAAAACAAACCGAUGGCAAUAAUCAAAACUCCAGUUUGUGGCCAUGGUAAAGAGGAACAUGCUGUGUCAGGCAUAUGACUUAGAAUUGGACAUAUUUCUGUCACACAUACUGUGUCACAAGCUCAGUGUCAUUUUCAGCUCACGCCUGUCUUAUGACUUAACACUAUCUUGGGUGACACCUAAUGAUUAAGAAUGACUACUGGGCGAUGACCAUAUAAGGAGAGUAAAAGAAGAAAUUGUUGCUACUUAUACUGCAGCCUCCUAGGCACAGAGCAUCAUUCUGAAUAGAGAGGUUCACGCUAACAAUCAAGCCGAUUGAGACCUGAGCGCCGCGGAAAGCUUUGUGACUGAAGGAGCUUGAACUGUGGCCGGUCUGUUAACCUUUAGUCAACCACCCUUAUUCUUCAGAUACCAAGGAAUUUUCUCAACAGGAUGACCCUUCACAACUACCCUGUUCCAGAGCUGGAUGUUACAUUGCAAGAAGUGAGUCGUGUCCUGCAGCUCACUUUAGGUCCUGAUCUUUACCCCAAGUUCAAAAGUACACUGGAACAGCAGAGGGAGCUUCUUCUACAGGUCCAGCAUAAUUUUGCAACCAGAGUUGCAGGCAAAGAGAACUGGGCGACAGAACAGUUCAAGCGAGGUUUACUAUCCUGUACGGACCCGCUGCCCACCUCCACAGCCAUCCCUGUUGUUCUUGUGUCAUCUAAAGCCAAGAGAUGUAGCCAGCUGGGGAGGGCAGCUGCUCUGCUCUGGGCAGCCGCAAAACUGUACAGUGAGCCCUUGUUACUGGAGGGCAAUGUGCCAAUGGAGCGCACACAGCAGUCUGAGGUAUUCACUGCUACUCGGAUUCCUGGCAGGAGCCAAGAUCACAUUAAGGUCUACCCAGAUAGCCUUCAUGCCAUCAUCAUCUGUGCUGGGGGAGUGUUUCCUGUUGACAUUCUGUGGCGUCCCAGCACCGGUGGCUCAAUUUCUGCUCGAUCAUUCAUGGACAUCUACAACCAGCUGGCUCAGGUGAUGGAUCAACCCAGUGCAGGGACACACAACGAUCCCACUGCUUUUUGCAGUUUCUCAGCUAUGGAGCGCAAGGCCUGGGCUGCUGUCAGAGAAGAGAUCCUGGAACAAGGAGGGGAAGCAGCUGCAUCACUCGGGCUGAUGGAGAGUGCUGUGCUGACACUCUGUCUGGAAGACUACAAUGCACCCUCAUACCUGGCUGAUAUCCUCAACGCAGUGAGGCUGGGAGGAGCAGGAGACAGUCCAGGUCUGAGAUACUAUGACAAGGUGGUGAACCUAGUGGUGUUCAAGGACAGUACAGCUGGGAUGGUGUUUGAGCACAGUGCUGUGGAUGGGAUGGUGGCUGGGCUUGUGACUGAGUGUUUGUACCGUCUGUCUGAGACUGCUGACCUACACGUAGCGCAAACUGACACAGAACGUGCGACUGUGUCUGCCACAGUAAACAGUGAUACUUCUGUUUGCCCAGCUCCCCUAACAUUCCCCUUACACGGUGUAAAUAGCUACAAACCAAGCCCUGACUUAAGUCCAGUUCUCACUUUUGAUCUGCCCUCCUAUCCUGAUGCUUUUUCCACACUUAGAGGGCAAAGGGGCCUGUAUGAUGCAUGGGUCAACUUCUCUUUGCAGCUUUCUCUGAAGCAGACUCUUGGGGAAUCUGCUGCCAAUCACAUUCUUGUCACCCCUACCCAUAUGCGCCACUAUAUACAUGGCCGUUGUGAUCCUACAUACUCGGUUACCAUGCAUUCUUGCAAGUUUGUUGGUGCAUUAGCAUCCUGUGUUGGCCCAGAUAAUAAAAUUCAUUGCACCACUAAACUCCUACACCUGUUCCAUGUGGCAUUUUUAGAGCAUAAACGCCUCAUCAGAAACACUAAAUAUGGUCACGGUGUUGGUCCCCACCUGGCUGCCCUCCGUCAGUCUCUGCCAUCUGACAAUCCACUGAAGAUGUUCUUGGACCCCUUUAGAUACCCAUCUGUGUACCUCACAGGUACGGAUCUGAUUAAGGGGGUGGAGUGUGCAGUGGGGAAUAUUUAUGCCCAAGAUCAGCUCACUGUGACCUACCUUGGGAAGAGAGACAAGGUUCGCAUUGCGCUCAGCGGGAGAGGAUGCUUUGCUCUGGCACUAGAGAAGCUUCAAGAAUACCUUAAGAUAAACUUGAAAUUAGUGUUGGAUGUAGCUGUUAGGUAUGCCAUUGCAGCCCAGAUGGGAGCCCUGGAGUGUCUUUUUAAAGUGAGCCAAACAGAGAAAAUGAAUAGAGAGACACAUCACUGUCCAGAGAGCCUAAACAAUGGCAAAAACACUGCUGGCUCCACUUCAGUCAUGAGUCCAAAUUAUACCCUGAUAAUCCAUGGUGGAGCUGGAGAGGAGAUGAUGCUGAGCAACCAAAUGACUGAAGUUACUGAGUUUGCUCUACAGACAGCUUUAACCCUUGGAUCCCAAGUGCUUCAACAUGGUGGCAGAAGUCUGGAUGCAGUGCAGAAGUCUGUGGAAGCUCUGGAGGACUGCUUCUUGUUCAAUGCAAGUAAAGGCUCAGUAUUCAACAAAGAUGGGAAAAAUGAUCUGGAAGCAACCAUUGUAGAUGGCAGUACACUUAAGUCAGGAUCUGUUGCUUGUGUGCAAAGUGUGAAGAACCCAAUAAAAGCAGCCAGAUGUGUGAUGGAUAAAAGCUCACAUUCACUCAUCGUGGGAGACGAAGCUGAGGAGUUUCUGCAGGGGUUGGAGGAGAAAGAGAAGCCUGCUGGGCCGCAGUAUUUCUACACCGAUAAACGUCACAGAGAGCUAACUGCAAUGUUCAGUGGUGGAAAUUCCCCCAAAAACAAUCACCCUCAGACAGUUGGAGCUGUGGCCUUGGAUCAUUUGCAGGGGCUGGCUGCUGCAUCAUCCACAGGUGGGUUAGUAAGAAAGCUUAAGGGACGAGUUGGGGACACAGCAGUAGUAGGAGCUGGAAUAUAUGCUGAUGACAAGUUAGCUAUUACCUGUUCUGGGGAUGGAGAUGUAUUCCUGAGGCACACAGUUGCACAAAAAAUAGCCAAUCUCUAUCAUCACAAAGGUUUUAGCCUUAGGCAGGCAUGUAGAGAGGUGAUGACUGAAAAUCUGAACGGGAUCUGUGCAGGAAUCAUUGCUGUGGACACUAAAGGAGAUGCCGUCAUUGAAACAAAUGCUGGCGUGAUGUUUGUGGCCUCAGUGAUGAGUGGCAUUUCACAAGUACAAGUCUUGAGCCCCCCGAAGAGCUUCUCCAAUGUGAUCUGAGGAACAGAUCUGUGGAUCAACCAUUCUGACUAGAAAAACUCUUAACGGAGCAAGCAGCAGCUUUCACCCGCUAUGCUACAAGGAGCAAAAGCUGUGUCAGGCUUACUAUGUGAGCAAUUGGGAGUGCAGCGCUGUGUCUUGGUUUCAGCCCAACCCCUGAACAUCCAGCACAAAUCAGGGUGCUCCCACUUCAUGGUUUAGAGCCAAGGUGGCAACCUCAUCUUGCCAGCGAAGAGGAAUUUCACACAUAUGAUCCUGGCUACUGCACCUCAAAAAAAAAAAAAAGAUUGGACACAGUAAAGCCAAAGCUGCUGACCUUCUGCUGGGACUGGGUGAGACUAUGGGUCUUGGUGAACGUUGUUCCACCCCAGCGAUGGUGCAGGAGGCUCUCAGGCACCACGCAGUUCCAGAGCAAUCCUACAAAUGAUACAGUAACAAGUUCUUUCAACAUAUGCUACACAAACUGCAGCCAUUAUUGUGGUGAAGCCAACAUUAUAUAAAUGUAAAGGUAGUUAAAAUUCAGGUUACAGGAAGUCAUUGAGUUAUUCUAGGUUUUUUUUUUUUUUUAAAUGUUGUUCUUGAUAUUGUCAUAUUAUACUAAGAGUUGGUUUCCUUUUGUCGUGGUACAACUACUGUAUAAGUGUAAGUGCAAUGUGGAAGUCCAAGAACUUAAGAAGAAAUGAUUGUAAUUGUUUUUUUUUAUUCUUUGAUAUGACACUGAUUAAGAGUA